UUAGCCUGAGCUCUAAUGGAGUUCGCUUAACAAAUCUUUUGCGGCAGUAUCUUUUCUUCAUUCGUAUCGUUGGCACCACAGCUGCCACAUCGACACCAUGAUCCAUAAUCUAUGAUCAUUCAUCACGGUUCUUGACGGCAAGACGUGCAACUCAACCCGCAGCUACAGGAGGAAGUGCGUGUAUGUAAGGGUGUGGGUGCAGGGCAAGAGGAAUUGUUUACACUUGGCCUCAGAUCACAAAACAAAGAAAAGGGUAUUUGAAAGCUGCUACACGACAACUAACUACGGUAUCCAACAAUGACCUUCCGAGUACUUUUGAGCUUGUUGGCAUCCUCCUCUGCCCCCACCACCAAGAUGAAUCGGCAGUUUCAAUUUGUAAACUACGGCGCAUCCUUUGACAAUCCCGAUGAAAGUCGACCCACUAUCUCGUGCGAUGGUCGCAUCCCAGGAGGCGUCUCUCUGGAAUUGACUCAUUGGGCUGGCAAUGAAACCCCCGAUGAGUUGUACGCCGACACGUCUACCGAGAUGGCCAUCAAAUUGGCGCUCCACGAAGGCUAUGCGCGGGAGAUGAAGAAUGCCUUCGUCUUGAACAAUCACUUUGAUACCGAUGGUUUGCUCAGUGUUUGGGCCUGCCUGCAACCAGAGCAAGCUUUGGAAUAUUCCGAUCUUUUGAUUCAAGGAGCCGAAGCAGGGGAUUUUGGCGAAUGGAGUUCCGACCUGGGCGUCAAAUUGGAUUGUGCUCUGGGAGAAAUUCAUGCUCAGUGCAAAGAUGAUAAAGAAGCCUUUCGAAAAUCAUUGGAAGUAUUGCCAGAGCUAUUGCAGGAUCUCAAAAGAACUGGAGGAAGCUCGUUCGAGAGUAUGUGGAGACCCGGUCUGGACUAUGCCAACAAGAGUUGGAACAAUAUGCAGAGAAGAGACACGGCGUUGGUGCCUGUAGGUGAGGGGAUUGUCAUGCUGCAAAAACCAGCUUUCACGUCAUCCAUAUCACCCUAUGCACUGCAUCGUGGUUUGGUCGAGAUGGAACUAGAUGAAUCGGUCCAGCGGAUUCUCCAUGUCAAUAUUGAAGCUAGGUCUCUCAAACAUUUCAAAUACGAAAAGGCGGGACAUGGAUGGGUGCAAAAACUAGUACAACGGCGAGAAGUGCCGGGGGUUGACUCAAACCUUUUGGUGGAAACCCUCAACAAUAAAAUCUAUGGAGAUGGACUCUGGAAAGCAGGAGGUGGUGGACUCGUUUCCAUCUGCCACACCACAAAGGGUUUGUCAAAAACAGCCGAAAAAGUUGCGGAGCAUUUGGCAAGGUUUGAUGAUGGCUUGCAAGGCUAAAUAUGCGAGCUGCUGGCGCACAGGCUUCCGAAAUUAAACGGAACUGCAUCCCUUUAGAAAGCAGCUACUUUUGGGUAUGAUCUAUGGUAGUUGUUGCUUACGUUUGAGUAAUGCGAAGAGAUGUGUGCCGGUGAAGCCUUGCUUGGGUUGUCUAGAGUGGUCCUCCAUUGCCCCUUCUCAUGCAUGCCGUGCUAAAAACUAGAGGGUUUCUGAAUUGAAAUAAAGAGGGUUUCUGAAUUGAAAUAAAGA